AUGUCCUCAAAAACGCUGCCGAAUGGCGGCGCUGAAGCCCCUACAGAAGUCUCAUUCUUACCGCCCGUUGUAGGCAUCAAUUUCGGCAACACUUACGCGUCAAUAGCGGAGGGUUUAGCGGAAUGUAUUGCUAACGAAGAUGGAGAGCGUCAAAUAGCGUGUGCUAUUGCAUUCCACGGCGAAGAAAUCUACAUCGGAAAUCAAGCAAAAAGUCAGCUGGUUAAGAACUCCAAAAACACCAUCACGGGUUUCCGAGAUUUACUGGGCAAAAGAUUCUCUGAAAUUCCUCAGUCACAAUCAACCACCUCCGCACCUAUAAUUCACCACCCGGAUGUUCUCGACGAACCGGCCUACAAGGUCGAAAUUCUCCAGCCAGCUCCUUCGCCCCUGCCCACAAGCAACGUUACAUCUCAGCUGAACACGCCCGCCGCCUCACAUGCCCCCACACCCCGCUCGGAACCUAUACCCGCCGAGCGCAUCCUCACCGUCUCCGAGGUAACAACCAUCUUCAUCAAAUCCCUCAUCCAAUCCGCCGAAGACUUCUUGGGCAAAAAAAUCCAAGGCGCCGUCAUCACUGUCCCAGCCUCGUUUUCUGAUACCCAACGUGCCGCGCUCGAAAGGGCUGCAUCGGAUGCUGGCGUCAAAAUCCUGCAGCUGUUAGACGAAGCAGGAGCUGCAGCAGCCACGACGACCACGGAUGUCUGGAGUACAGAUCUCCAAGCCGACCGCACCCAACUCAUUGUUGACCUGGGCGCCUCCUCCCUCUCCCUCUCUCUCCUAUCCAUCCGCGAAGGCCUCGCCUACGUCCUUGCUUCUUCCUCCCUCGCUAACGUAGGCGGAGAUCAGAUCGACGACAAGUUGAUCAAGUUCUUCGCUGCCGACUUUACGAAAAAGACUAAAACACCUCUUGCAGUGUGUCCGUCUACCGACAUCCAAGACAAACGAGCGGAAGCCAAGCUCCGACUAGCCAUCGAGCACACAAAGCGGACCAUCAGUGCCUCCCCGGGAGCUGCAACGUGCUCCGUUGAAUCGCUCAAAGAUGGUCUGGACUACACUGGCUCCAUCAACCGCAUGCGCUUCGACAUGGUUGCCAGCACCGUCUACACAGCCGUCGCAGAUUCCGUUGUCGCUCUGCUCGCCUCAGCCGCCGUUGACGCCCACGAAGUUGACGAAAUUGUCUACGUCGGUGGCACCACGUGUCUGCCUGGGCUUGACGAGCGCAUCUGCCUCGGGGCCGGCUUCAAUGAGGAGAUCGAAACACCUUUCUCUCGCGGUACAGUAGUAGGCGGAGGUGUAGGAGAUCCCACAACAAUCCUGGCUCGCGGCUGCGCUGCCCAGGCCGCGCUGAUCUCUUCCAUCAGCGAAGAUGCUGAGCUGAGUGAAGCCUUCACAAGGGACACCAAGGCCAACCACGUCAGAGCUAUCACGCGGACGCUGGGGGUUCUCCUACCCGACCCCACUGCGGAAAAGGUUGACAACAAGCCUUGGGGAGUCUGGGUGCCCGUGGUUCAAAAGGAGACCGCCCUCCCUGUGCGCAGAACGGUGACCCUUACGGAGGAGUCGAAACGGUUUGCCUUGGAGGUGUAUGAGGUUAAGGACACUAUCCGGGUCGAGAAGGUGCAGCCGCCCAAGGCCGAGGUAGAUGGCGAUGACGAGGAAGAGGAGGAGGAGGAGAUCGAAAUCAAGCACAAGACCGUUACCAAUCCUGUUCUACUCGGAGCGCUCGAAUUGGAAGCACUUCUUGGGAUCAAAGCUAAAGGGAAAGGCCCUCAAGCCGGCAAGUGGACCACGACGGUUGAGGUACAAUUUAUUGUCGGUAUUGAUGGGGAUUUGGAGGUUGAUGUGAAGGAGGUUGGCAAGGAUGGCACCAGUGGUCAACUUAGAGUGCCUGCAUAGUAGAGAUCCAGUUUUAUCAUGUUUUCGCUAUACAAAUAUCCUUCUAUAUC